CUCUGUCAGUGUUUAGUCACUAGUAAAUGAGCAAGAAAAAAAUAAGUUAAUUGAAAUGAAACUAUUUACAAACUGACCCCUUAGAAACAUUAUGCCAACAAUGACAGGAGUGAAGCAAGACUGCCUGAAACCUACCUUGGCACGUGUAGGGCAUUCUGCAAAGUGUAGUCCAUGCACUUGAAUUCUUCUGGUAGAUGCUGAUGUUCGCUGUGGUAUCUCUUCUUUGCUCCUGCACUUACAUUUGUGUUGCCUCAGUGCUCGGCAGGGGAAGGAUGCUGUGUCUUUAAAGCCUUCUCAGGGCUGUGCGGAGGCAGUUCCAUUGAAGUAUUUGAAUGAGAGCAGGAGGGGGGUGUGCAUGUGGCUAUUGGCAGAGCUCUCUAUGACAUCCCUCUGAACAGCUGGGCUCUGCUUUGCUUCAGAGCUGCUUGUCAGAGCAAUUAGCUUGCUGUAGCAGCAGCAAAGAUCGCUAGCAUUUUAUUCAGGGUUGAGUGCUGGCGGGGGCUUCUAAGAAGCAAUAUUAUCUUGGCAAAAUUCCUCUUGAACUGGUUGUGGCAAUGAAGUCUCUAUUGAAAUUGGGAAACAGAUGACCUGCUGAGAGUGCAGAACCACCACGGGAAGAACAAACACCUCUUCCACUCCUCAAAGGACUUCUGCCUUCCACGUGCUGCCCAGGGCACUGUUACUCACCUUACAAGAUCUGACGAAGUUUCUGUCUUAGGCCCAGAUGUCGUUCUUCCUGGCCUGUAUGAGGGCCAUGCUCUCGUGUUGAUGGUGAAAUGAAAAGCAACUAUGACUUGAGUUAAAGUGGCAUUUUCCUGAUUGUUUGGUGCAACGGAACUCGCGUGGUGGAACCCUCCUCCUGCCUGGAACUCGUCUGCGUGACAGGCGAUUACCUCUGCUGUGUGCUCCCUUCACAACAGCUGCUCUGCCUCGUGUUUUCGUUUAAGUGCUGCUUUUUGUUUUAUCUUCUGUUGAAAUCUCUUUUUUGGUGAAAACUACUCCAUUGUGCCGAGGCAAAAAGCGUUGGUUUAAUAGCAACUUUCAGACUGCAGUAAUGUAGAUGUUUACGCAUCCCCAGGGUGAUGUGGUCCCAAAGGCUUUGGCAAAGGAGGCCUGCAUUCCUCUUUCUUCCAUGCCUGCUUGGGGACUGCAGUGCUGCCUUUUAUUUUCAUGAGCCAAGAUCCCUAGAUAGAGCAGGUAAUUCAUGAAGGUGAGGGAAGUGAACCUGCCCUGGGGAGGUGGCAGCCUGCUCAUAAGAGUGCCAUUUGUCAAACAUGCGAUGAGUCUUCAGUGUUGACGCAUCCUUCCUGAUGCAGUACUGGUACUACAGUGUCCUGCUUACAGCCUUCCAUGGGGCCGGGCUUGGCUGUGACAGCAGUGUUCUGGAUAAAAACCCUGAGUUGCAUCCAGGUGGAAAUGGCAGGCUAUUAAGGUUUUUGGCUUUUCGAAGCCCCUGGGCGAAGCAUGCUGUAUCUUUUUGAUUCUCUUUUUCCUCAGAUGCCAACGCACCUUUAUUGUUCUGGCACAUUUGAUUCCUGUGCGUCAUGUGAAGAUGAUUUUGGCAGUCCUGAUACUAGUUGUGUCACACUCUGGGAGGACAGUAAUAGCAAGUUGACACCUAUCCUGAUUUUAGUUGCUUACAUUGGUUGAGGGAGGUAACUAAAUAACUGGUUUUGUUUUGGUUUUGUUUUCUUUUUCCUCUGAAAUCAUCUUGUGGUUUGAGGCGUUCUACGUAAUGAAAUCCAUGCAUGUACUGCAUAACUGAGAACUACUGCCAUGGUCAUAAUUCAAAUGUUUCCCAUAAUGCACAUACUGGCUAUUGUGCCAUUUAACAUUGCUGACUGCACCUGUACAAGUGAGAAGCCUUUUUAAAAGUAUUUGAAAUGAAGAAGAGCUCUAGGAUUACAUCUCUUCUCCAGGCUCCAGUUCCUACAUUCAACCAGAGAUGCAGAGGCGAGCCAUGGCCACCACAGCUCGACUGUCGCAGACACUGGUCUCUUCCUAGGCAUUAUGGUGCCCAUUGCUACGUUGUAGGGCUCUGAAGAUGUCAAACAGCAACACGACACAGGAGUCUUUGGAAAUAAUGAAGGAGUCUGAAAAAAAGGUGGUUGAGGAAUCUGUGAACAAAACCAAAUAUGUAUCCAGGUCACCAAGCAAGGAGGAAGUGGAGAAGGAUGCAGGGGAGGAGGUCAGCGUGCGCCAGGAAGCUCAGAGGCGAACUUCAAGUCAUGGACAUGCCAGAAAAAGAGCCAAGUCUAAUUCAAAGCUUAAACUGGUCAGGAGUUUGGCUGUAUGUGAAGAAUCAUCUAGUCCCUUUAUGGAUGGGCUACUGGAGUCCCAGGACAUCAUUCAGUUGCACGUUAGCUGCCCCUCUGACAAGGAAGAAGAAAAGUCCAUGAAAGAUGGGGCUGAGAAAGAAGAAAAAGACAAGAAUAAAGAAAAGGCACCAAGGAAAAUGCUGUCUCGAGAUUCCAGCCAGGAAUAUACAGACUCCACUGGAAUAGAUUUGCAUGAAUUUUUAGUAAAUACACUGAAAAAAAACCCACGGGAUAGAAUGAUGCUACUAAAGUUAGAACAGGAGAUUCUGGAAUUUAUUAGUGAUAACAACAAUCAGUUUAAGAAGUUCCCUCAGAUGACCUCAUACCAUAGGAUGCUGCUGCACCGCGUAGCUGCCUACUUCGGCAUGGACCAUAACGUUGACCAAACCGGGAAGGCGGUCAUUAUCAACAAGACCAGUAACACACGAAUCCCUGAGCAGAGGUUCUCUGAGCACAUCAAAGAUGAGAAGAAUGCAGAGUUCCCGCAGAGGUUUAUCCUAAAACGAGACGAUACCAGCAUGGACCGAGAUGAUAAUCAGAUCAGACUCCCCUUGCAGGAUGGGAGGAGGAGCAAAUCUAUAGAAGAGCGAGAGGAAGAGUAUCAGCGGGUCAGGGAGCGGAUAUUUGCACGAGAGACUGGCCAGAAUGGGUAUCUCACCGACAGCAGAAUCUCCAAAGAAGGCUUUUCUUCUAGUUCUCACAAACGGAGGCAGAUUUUUAGGGGCAACCGGGAGAGUUUGAACCGGGCCUCGGGCAGCCGCCAGAGCAGCACAGAGAGUGAGAUAAAGUCACUGGAGCCUCGGCCAUGGAGCAGCACAGACUCGGACGGCUCCAUCCGCAACCUGCGACCGCCUGUUACCAAAGCCAGCAGCUUCAGUGGCAUCUCCAUCCUGACGCGGGGGGACAGCAUCGGGAGUAGCAAAGGCAGCACUACCAGCAGGACAUCCCGAGCAGGUACCAACCCUGCCAUGCCUUUCUCUGUUCAAGGUUUGGUACUAGGUGCCCCUGAAGCAUGCAGCCAAUCCCCUUCUUCACAGCCCAGCCGUGGCCUCCUACCCUGCACAGCCCAGCAGCCGCAGCCGCCCCAACAACCACCACCACAGCCCCAAGGACUUCCAACUGCAGCCCAGCAGCAGCCAGCCAUGAGUAACCAUAUGAUGUCCCAGCCGGUCCCAGCGCUGCAGCCUGUUCAGUAUUCUCCAAGCUCCUGCCCCCAAGUCCUCUUGCCAGUCUCUCCACCCCAGCAGUACAACUUGGCUGAUGAACUCAGCAACCCCUUUGGUCAGAUCAGCCUCAGCCGACAGGGCUCUACGGAAGCACCGGAUCCUUCCUCAGCUAUGUUCCAGUCAUCCCUCAUCUCCCAGCAUCCUCAGCAGACGGGAUUCAUCAUGGCAACACCUGGGCAGCCCAUUCCCACCUCCAACUACUCUGCCUCAGGGCACACGGCCCCCACACAGCAGGUGCUGCAGCCCCAGGGCUACAUUCAACCUCCCCAGCAAAUUCAGGUUUCUUACUACCCUCCUGGGCAGUACCCGAACUCCAGCCAGCAAUACCGAUCUCUCAGUCACCCAGUGGCCUACAGCUCCCAGCGCACUCAGCAGCUCUCCCAGCAGUCCCAGCAGCCUGGUUUACAGCCAAUGAUGUCCAACCAGCAGCAAACAUACCAAGGUGUAAUGGGAGUGCAGCAGGCACAGCCCCCCGGGCUCCUCAACAGCCAGAGGAACAGCAUGGGAGGCCAGAUGCAGAGUAUGAUGGGAGUGCAGCAGGCGCAGCCCCCUGGCCUUCUCAGCAGCCAGAGGAGCGGUAUGGGGAGCCAGAUGCAAGGCCUGAUGGUCCAGUACACUCCACUGCCUUCGUACCAGGUUCCUGUGGCCAAUGAGUCCCAGAGUGUGGUCCAGCAGCCCUUCCAGCAGCCAGUGCUUGUGCCAGCCAGCCAGUCUGUUCAAGGGGGGCUUCAGGCUGGAGGGGUACCCAUCUAUUACAGCGUCAUCCCAACUGCCCAGCAGAAUGGCACCAGCCCUUCGGUGGGGUUCCUUCAGCCACCUGGCUCUGAACAGUAUCAGAUGCCACAGUCCCCGUCACCCUGCAGCCCACCACAGAUGCAGCAGCAGUAUUCAGGGGUGUCUCCAUCGGGCCCUGGCGUGGUUGUGAUGCAGCUGAAUGUACCCAAUGGCCCCCAGGCCCCCCAGAAUCCCCCUGUGGUGCAGUGGAGCCACUGUAAGUACUACAGCCUGGACCAGCGGGGGCAGAAGCCAGGAGACCUGUACAACCCAGACACCAGUGCUCAGGCCAGCACCCAGCUGAACAGCCCCAUCACAUCCCCCACCCAAUCCCCAACGCCGUCUCCUGUCACCAACCUCAACAGCGUCUGCACGGGGCUGAGCCCCCUUCCUGUCCUCGCACAGUUCCCCCGGCCCAUGGGCCCGGCACAAGGUGAUGGGCGCUACUCAUUGCUGGGCCAGCCGCUGCAGUAUAACCUGUCUAUCUGUCCCCCACCACUGCUCCACAACCAGCCCAACUACAACGCACACCAGGGGCAGACUGGAAUGAAACAUGGAAACCGGAGCAAGAGACAGGCCCUCAAGUCAGCAUCCACUGACCUUGGGACGAGUGAUGUAGUGCUGGGCCGAGUGCUGGAGGUGACAGACCUGCCUGAGGGCAUCACACGGACAGAGGCUGACAAGCUCUUCACCCAGCUUGCCAUGGCUGGUGCCAAAAUCCAGUGGCUCAAAGAGACUCAGGGGCGCCACGGAGAUGGGGGUGGCGGGGACAACAACGGGACUCCAGAGAACGGCAGGCACAGUGACCUUGCUGCCUUAUACACCAUCGUGGCCGUGUUCCCCAGCCCGCUGGCUGCCCAGAAUGCCUCCCUCCGCCUCAACAACUCCCUCAGCCGCUUCAAGCUGCGUGUGGCCAAAAAGAACUAUGACUUGCGGGUGCUGGAGCGUGCCAGCUCACAGUAGGGCUCACACAUGGGCACAGAGCACACUGGACUGCGGGCACUUCCCUCUGCCUUCUCUUUUCCUUUCUGCCCUCCCUUCAUCUCGCCCUCUUUCCUGGAUAUAUUUAUAUGGACAUAAUUAAGAGACAAGAAAUUGAUUUUUUUUUUUUUUGAGUGAUGCCCGUGCCCGCCCACCUUACCCUGUGUAUAUUGUUUUGUUAAGCACUGUGUUGAACCGCACAUACAGGUGUUGAUUGGUAUGUUCACUGCACAUUUUAUUUAAUCUGAUUAUUAUUUGGGGGGUAUUUUUGGUUUUAUUUUAUUUGGGGGGUUGUUUUUAAAUAUAAAAAGAAAACUUGUCCAUC